CGUAGCGCGCCGUCGAUCGGUGCCUGUGGCUGCGCGGUUGUGCGUCGCGGUUGGUAGAGUCCUCCGGUCAGGGACGGGGUGGGGCUUCCUCUAUUCGAGGUGGUCUCGUUCCCCCGCGGCAGUGAACCCUCGUGUCUGCGGGUUCUCGCGCUCUAGUCGGUCACAUGGACGUGUAGCCAUCGAGACAGUUUUCUAGUUCCGUUUACUAAAGCAUCUUCUCUUUGGCUGUAUAAGGCGCAGGUGACGCUGUUAUGCCGAACUCGAGGACCAGGGCCCGCCGGGGCGCCGGGAGUGGCGCCGGAGCAGCCGGCCGGGACGAGCUGGUGUCGCGGUCCUUACAGAGCGCAGAGCACUGCAUGCGCGCCCAGGACUUCGGCACGGCCUAUGCUCACUACCUCCUCGUGCUCAGCCUGGCGCCGGAGCUGAAAGACGAUGUGAAGGAAACUUUUCAAUAUACACUCUUCAGAUGGGCUGAAGAGCUUGAUGCUCUCAAUAGAACACAAGACUUACUUGGUUGCUAUGAGCAAGCCUUGGAGCUGUUUCCUGAUGAUGAAGUGAUUUGCAAUAGUAUGGGGGAGCAUCUCUUCAGGAUGGGCUUUAGAGACGAAGCAGCUGGGUAUUUUCAUAAAGCAGUGAAGCUAAACCCUGAUUUCAGUGAUGCAAAAGAGAAUUUUUAUCGUGUUGCAAACUGGUUGGUGGAACGCUGGCACUUUAUCAUGCUUAAUGACACCAAAAGGAAUACGAUUUACAAUGCAGCAAUCCAAAAGGCAGUUUGUUUGGGAUCCAAAAGUGUUUUGGACAUUGGAGCAGGAACUGGAAUACUGAGCAUGUUUGCUAAAAAAGCUGGAGCUCAUUCAGUGUAUGCCUGCGAGUUGUCCAAGACCAUGUAUGAACUUGCCUGUGAUGUAGUGGCAGCAAACCAGAUGGAAGCAGGGAUCAAACUUUUACAUAUGAAGUCGCUUGACGUAGAAAUUCCAAAACACAUUCCUGAAAGAGUAUCCCUAGUUGUAACAGAAACUGUCGAUGCAGGUUUAUUUGGAGAAGGAAUUGUGGAAAGUUUGAUUCAUGCAUGGGAGCAUUUACUUUUACAGCCAAAGACCGGAGGUGAAAAUGGUAAUUGUGAAAAGUUUGGGAAAGUUAUACCAGCAAGUGCUGUUAUCUUUGGGAUGGCAGUAGAAUGUGCACAAAUAAGGAGACAUCAUAGGGUGGGUGUUAAGGACAUUGCUGGGAUCUGUUUGCCAACAAAUGUGAAAUUUCAGAGUCCAGCUUAUUCUUCUGUAGAUAAUGAAGAAACAAUUGAACCUUAUACAACUGAAAAGAUGAGUCGAGUUCCUGGAGGAUAUUUGGCUUUGACAGAGUGUUUUGAAAUUAUGACAGUAGAUUUCAACAAUCUUGAGGAAUUAAAAGGUCUUGCAACCAAAAAGCCUGGUAAAAUUGGUGUCCCAGUUAUUAAAGAAGGCCUACUAGAUGCUAUUGUGGUUUGGUUUGUACUCCAGCUUGAUGACGAACACAGUUUAUCCACAAGUCCUAGUGAGGAAACAUGUUGGGAACAGGCUGUCUACCCCGUGCAUGACCUAGCAGACUACUGGAUAAAGCCUGGGGAUCAUGUGAUGAUGGAAGUAUCUUGUCAAGAUUGUUACUUAAGAAUCCAGGGUGUCAGUGUCUUCAGUUCAGAACAUAAAAUGGAUGUUGGGAAAAGUUUUGCCAAGAAUAAAGACUUGCUGUCAUUAGGAAAUGAGGCUGAACUCUGUAGUGCCCUGGCUAACCUUCAGACCAGUAAACCAGAUGCUAUGGAGCAGACAUGUGUAUUGGAAUCCACAGAAAUUGCUUUGCUUAAUAACAUACCGUAUCAUGAAGGCUUUAAAAUGGCAAUGAGGAAAGUGUUGUCUUCACUGACUCCAGAGAAACCAUGUCAGGCCAUGGAGACUCACUGUCAGGAUAGUGACAUGAGCUGUGAAAGUGGACAGAAUAAUUCUGAACAGAGUGCCUCUGAGCCUUUCUACGUGUUAGACGUGUCUGAAGGCUUCUCUCUUCUGCCUAUAAUUGCCGGCACACUUGGGCAGGUUAAACCUUACAGUUCUGUGGAGAAAGACCAGCACCGUAUCACACUGGACCUCAUAUCUGAAGCCAAUCACUUUCCUAAAGAAACACUUGAGUUUUGGUUGAGACAUGUAGAAGACGAAUCUGCUGUGCUGCAAAGGCCUAAAUCAGACAAGUUGUGGAGUAUAAUUAUAUUGGAUGUCAUUGAGCCAUCUGGGCUCAUUAAUCAGGAUGCUUUUUAAAUUUUUUCCUUCUCUAGGUGUUUGCUACAAUCUGGAGGCAAGAUCUUCCCUCAGUAUGUGCUUAUGUUUGGGUUGCUUGUGGAGUCACAGACAUUGGUAGAAGAGAGUUCUGUUCAAGGAACAGCACGAACUCUUGGGUUAAAUAUAGCACCUUUUAUUAACCAGUUUCAGGUACCGAUACGUGUGUUUUUGGACCUCCCUUCGCUGCCCUGCACCCCUUUAAGCGAGCCGGUGGAACUCCUACGACUAGAUCUAAUGACUCCGUAUUUGAACACCUCUAACAGUGAAGUAAAGGUACACAUUUGUAAAUCUGGACAAGUGACUGCUAUUCCAUUUUGGUACCAUAUGUACCUUGAUGAUGAGAUUAGGUUGGAUACGUCCAGUGAAGUCUCCCACUGGAAACAAGCUGCAGUUGUUUUAGAUACUCCCGUCCAGGUGGAAGUGGGCGAGGUACUUGUGCUCAACGUCCAGCACCACAAAAGCAAUGUCAGCAUCACAGUAAAGCGAUGAGCAGUUUUGAUGAAAAACUGGUUAAGUAGAGCACGUACACAAUUUUUCUGGUCUGAAUAGUGAGACUGUAAUCAUAAACUGGGGAUGUAAAGAUAUAAUUCCUUGUAACAAAUAUUUUUUUAAAAUUGAUAUUAAUAAAGUAUUUAAAAUGUAAAUUA